CACUGAUCUGCGUAGCUAAGGUCACACAGGCCUAAGCAGCUCAGUCCAUUUCUCAUGUAGUGGGGUGAUUAAGGAUUUCACCCUGACAAAGACACAGGGAAGAGGCUUUUCCUAUUCUUAGUGUGUGAUGGCAGCCGGUGUUGACUAGUUAGAGCUAGUUAGUCCCCUGCAUGACAACCUCACCUAAGGCUUGGAUUCUCCUUUCUCUUUCAUCAAUGUUACAGAUUGAGUGAUAUCCUUUAAUUUCCUCUCGUUCGUCAGGUUAACCUGUGCUCCCCUCUCUUGUCAGUAUGGAUCUGGGCAAAGCCAAGCUGCUAAGGACGGGACUGAACACUCUCCACCAGGCUAUCCACCCUGUCCACGGGUUAGCGUGGACGGAUGGGAAGCAAGUCUGCCUCACCUCUCUCUGCUGCGUCAACGGGGAAGUCAAGUUCGGCGACACCAACGUCAUCGGGCAGUUUGAGCAUGUGCUGGGGCUCUUCUGGGGCCCGCUGUGUUGCUCCGGCUCCGCGGCGCUGCUGGCCGUCCAGCACAAGAAGCACGUGACCGUGUGGCAGCUGCAGCUGAGCUCCCUGGAGCAGAACAAGCUGCUGUGCACCCAGACCUGCGAGAUGAGCGAGCCCUUCCCCCUGCUCUCCCAGGGCUGUGUGUGGCACCCUAAGAUGGACAUUCUGGUGGUGCUGACCAAGAAGGACGCCUCGGUGCUCUUCUCCGUCCGGGUGGACAACCGCCGGGUGAAGGCGGAGAUCCGAGCCAGCGGACUGAUCCACUGUGCCUGCUGGACCCAGGACGGCACGCGCCUGGUGAUCGCUAUAGGCAGCGCCCUGCACUCCUACAUCUGGAACGACAUCCAGAAGAGUCUGGUGCCGUGCUCUUUCUGCCCCGUCUUCGACGUGGCUGGUUACAUCUGCGCCAUCGAGUCCACGGGGGAGGCCCAGGUGGCCGUGGCGACAGAGCUGCCCCUGGACAGGAUCUGUGGGCUGAACGCGGGGAUGGCUUUCGACCUGCCCGCAGAUGGUGAGCACCUGUCAGGGGAGGGCUCUCCCGUGGUCCUGCUGGACGAGGACGGCUGUCUGGACCGGAGGAGGUCCUUUAACUUUGACAGGUCCUGCAUCUCCUCAAACUCGGGUCCCAUGGACCUCACCCACAUCCUGGCCAGACACCGGCGCUCAGACCCCAGCCCCCUCAUCCACCUCCGCCGCAAGGACCACCUGACAGGCUCCGGGCAGGACUCCUCACACCUGAUCCUGGUCACCUACGAACGUAAGGUCACCACCACACGUAAGGUGAGCAUUCCUGGCAUCCUUGUCCCGGACAUCGUGGCCUUUGACCCAAGGGGCGGUACGGUGGCAGUGGCGUCUAACACCUGUAACAUGGUGCUGGUCUACUGCAUCAUGCCCUCGGCCAUGCCCAACGUCCAGCAAAUCUCCCUGCAGAAGAACGAGAGGCCCAAGGGAGUGUGCUUCCUCACUGACAAGAUGCUGCUGAUGAUGGUGGGAAAGCAGAAGUCCAACGACCCAGCCUUCCUCCCCUCCUCCAACACUGACAAGUACCUCCUGAGAAUCACCUACAAGGAGCUUGUGUACGAUGGAGAAGCCCCCAAAGCCUGCUCCCCGAGCCCAGGAAACCCCGAUUCCCCUUUCAUCUUCCACCACGGGAUUAGGAGACACUCGGAGUCCUCCGGCAAGGAGGAGCGAGAGCAUGUGGGGGGGAUAAAGGAGUUGGUGCUGCCUAGCGGGGCUGUAAUCUCGUCUGCGUCACCCAGGAACAGCCGCAGGCUGGUGGAGGAGGUCAGGAGCCCUGAGCCCAGCCCCUUCGCCAGCUCCACGGACUUCUCCGACCGCGCCGCCUCCAGUGCCUCCUCCGUCACGGUGGAGAACUUCGACAUGGAUCACGUCCACCGCAUGUCCUCGCUGGCCGUGUCCGGCCAGGCCAGCCGCGAGUCCAGCCGACCCUGCUCCCCGCGCUUCGACCCAGCGGACAAGUUCCACACCGACCCCACCCUUCCCAAGACCACCUGCCUCCCCAAGGAGCGACCGGUGGACCAGCUCAACAACAACAUGGAGAGGAUCUUCACACGGUUUGCCGACAUGCAGCAGUGCCUGGCAGAGAUCAGAGACUUCACCCAGAACGGGAAGAAGGCCCAGGGGGGCUACCCCAACGCUUGCGAGCCCCCCUAUGUCAACGUCACAUGCCAGAAGCAGCUGUCUGAGAACGUGUUUAUAGACGAGAGGAGGCCGGUCCUGCUGUGCGAGGGGAAGCUGUGCCUGCGAGUCCUGCAGGAGCUAUUCAACAUCUCCAUAGUGGAGAUGAUGUAUGGGCCGCUCUGGGUGGUGUUGGUUGCCGACGGGGAAGGCUUUGUGCCGCUGGCGUUCAAGCCCAAGGAAGAGCUCACGGUCCGGAACGGGAAGAGGAAAUCCCCCCUGAGGUCUCCUGGAACUCCCGAGGGGUCUUGUCCGUCCAGUCCCGUCCAGCGCAGCACCAAUAACCACACCUCAGCCUCGAUAUAGACACCUCAGCCUCGAUAUGGACACCUCAGCCUCGAUAUGGACACCUCAGCCUCGAUAUGGACACCUCAGCCUCGAUAUAGACACCUCAGCCUCGAUAUAGACACCUCAGCCUCGAUAUAGACACCUCAGCCUCGAUAUAGACACCUCAGCCUCGAUAUAGACACCUCAGCCUCGAUAUAGACACCUCAGCCUCGAUAUAGACACCUCAGCCUCGAUAUAGACACCUCAGCCUCGAUAUGGACACCUCACCUCAGCCUCGAUAUAGACACCUCAGCCUCGAUAUAGACACCUCAGCCUCGAUAUAGACACCUCAGCCUCGAUAUAGACACCUCAGCCUCGAUAUAGACACCUUAGCCUCUCCUCUGCAGGGCCUCGUCAUAGCACUGAGAACCCAUCAUCAUCCCAUUCUAACACGACUCUCCAACUUCACACACCCAUUUUUUUUUUUUUUCGUUCACCUGAGGAUAUAUAUUUUUUUACUGUUCUGUUUAAGAUGAUAAUUGUGCUUUUGAAAUACCCACCUUUCGAUCAGAAUGUUUACAUGUAUUUCUGAAAGGCAGUAAUGAGAUUACCGUCUGUGAGCAGGUAGGAUGAAUACAGUCAUGUUUUUGCUGCUAUAGCUACACUUUGCAACUCUGAAGGUUGUUUUCUGUGUUAUAUGACUAUUUUAAAUUAAAGUCUUUACAUGUUUAAAAGGCAUAUCAUUUAUAUACUAGAUACUGUUCUAUGCAAGUAGUACUACCAGUAUGAGUGGCUAGGGAGGUGUGCUAAAGUGCCACUAGGGGGUGCAAGAGAUUUAGAAAUCAACCAAUAAUAAACAACUCUGGUGCAGUUUACAUUAUGUC